CGUGUCAGCGAAUGGACGCCGCGCGUGAAUCUGGCCAACUGAAUUUCUAUCACUAUUUCUUACUAGGCAGGAAGCUUGCAUAAGAGGCUAUACCCCAAUCUCUAACUCUCGCUCUGCCUGUCCUUCUUUAUCUAUCUUCAUUUCUACAAUGACUUUCUCAUUGUGAUUUGAUUCCCUGAAUUCGUUUUUUUAAUCAUCUCGCGGAAAUCUCUUUUUUCUCGGAUCCGAAGGUCGAUCUCUCUCUGCGUGCUGAUUUUGAAACCCCAACCUGUCCCCCGUAAGCGUUGGCAUUUCUCUGUCCAGAAAAACAAGAUCAAUCCAUCAAAAUCAUCGCUUCUUCCUAGAGCUCUCAAACACCCAUAACAAUAUUCUUAUAAGUUCUUCAAUUUCUGGUUUUAAGUUGAUAUCACAAGUCUAGAUCAUCAAUGGCUGACCUACAGCGACCAACAAAACCAGUUCUCCAAAGACCUCCCGGUUACAGAGACCCGAGAAAUCAGGGCAGACCUGUCUCCAGACCACCACUUCGAAAAGGCGUACUGCCACCUUCAUUCCAGCCAAGGGGCAAUCGCAAAUUCUGUAGUUGUCGUCUAUUCUGGUGCAUCCUCUGCAUUACCUUCUUAACCAGCUUAUUCUUCCUAGGAAUCCUAGGUGGUUUUAUUUACCUCUGGUUCGAUCCUAAACUCCCCGUUCUCCACGUCCAGUCACUUAAGAUCCCCACUUUUAAAGUCAGUGCAAAACCCGACGGCACCUAUCUUAAUUCCGCGACGGUGGUAAGAGUGGAGGUGAGGAACCCAAACUCUAGGCUAACGUAUCGAUACAGUGUUCUCCAGGUGGACAUGAUACUGGGGAAAGAUCAGGGGACUGAGUUGGGAUCCACGACUCUGCCAGGGUUCACUCAGGGUAAAAGGAACACUACGAGUCUUAAGAUUGAGACUCAUGUGAAGAACCAACUGAUUGACGAUGGGAAUGCAUCGAGGCUUAAGACUCGGUUUAAACACAGGAAUUUGGUGGUGAACCUGCGGGUGAAGACCAGUGUGGGAUUGGGCGUGGUGAAAGGAUUCGAGGUAGGGAUGUUAGCAGUGGAUGUAUUGUGUGAUGGUAUAACCAUGAAGGAGAUUGACGGUGGUCAUAUGCCAGAAUGCACUAUUCGCACGCUCAAAUGGAUAAACUUAAAUUGACAUUUAUCUGUGUGUGUAUGGAGUUUGAUGGUAGCAAGAAGACUGAUGAUACAAUUGUACCCAUUUUUAUUAAAAAAGAAAACAAGAAAUGUAAUAUUUACAUACAAUAUUCUUUUCUUUAAGAUGGGGGAGACGGGAGAUCGCAUUGACAGCAAAAACGUGGGUCCAUGUCUAAAAUUUGGUUCCUACUGUGAUAUAAUUGUAUUGGGGAUACAGACAACAUGAACUUAAUUAUUUGUUUAAUUUUGGUAGUUGAUGUGGGCUUAUUUUAUACUA